AUGGCGUCGCCUCCGCCCGACGUGGACCUGGGCAAGCUCAGCUACGAGAUCUUCUCCCUGCUGGAGAGCAAGUUCCUCUUCGGCGGCGCGCCGGGCGUGGGCUCCGUGCCGGGCACGCCGGGGCGGGCAGUUCCGACGCCGAGCCCGGGCAACGCGGAGGACAGGGGCAGGGUGCGGGUGCUGGCGAUCGACGGGUGCGGGCCGGGCCCCGGCGACGCGCUGCUGGCGGCGGCCGCACUCGCGAGGCUGGAGGCGGCGCUGCGGGCGCGGGCGGGGACCCGACGCGCGCGUGGCCGACUUCUUCGACGCCGCGGCGGGCGCCGGCGCCGGGGCGUGCUGGCCGCGAUGCUGCUCCUGAAGGGCGACGACGGGCGGGCGCGGUACACGGCGGCGGACGCGCUGGCGUUCGUGGCGGCCAGCCUCGGGAGGCCCGGUGGCGGGUGGGGCGGCGGCGCCGGCGUGGGGACCGGGGUCGGCGAAAGGCUCCGGAGCAGGUGGGCCGCGCUGUUCCGGCGCGGGGAGAGGUCGUCGAGGUCGUCCGCGCCGCUGCGCCGGGUGUUCGGGGGCGCCACGCUCCGGGACACCGUGGCGCCGCUGCUGGUGCCCUGCUACGACCUCGCCACGGCGGCGCCGUUCCUCUUCUCCCGCGCCGACGCCGUCGAGAGCGACAGCUUCGACUUCCGCCUCCGCGACGUGUGCGCCGCCACCUGCGCGGCCGGGGGCACCGCGGCCCCCACCGUGCGGUCCGUGGACGGGCGCACGGCCAUCGCCGCCGCGUCUGGGGGCGUCGCCGCCAUGGGCAACCCCACUGCGGCCGCCAUCACGCACGUGCUCCACAACAAGCACGAGUUCCCGCUCGCCGCCGGCGUCGACGACCUCCUCGUCGUCUCCAUCGGUUCGGGAUCCUCCUCCGGCACCGCCGCAGCGGCUUCCGCCACCCCUUCCGCCGGCGGCUGGCGGACGCCCAUACCGCCGCGCUCCCCGUCGCCCGCCGAGAUGGUCCGACUCACCGCCGAAGGCGUCGCCGACAUGGUCGACCAAGCAGUGGCCAUGGCGUUCGGGCACACGUGCGGGCGCAACUACGUUCGCAUCCAGGUGGGUGGUCAGCGGAAUUACCACAUUACUCUGCUUUUUUUUACUUUCUACCGCCAUGACAUCGAUCUCCUCGUCGCGUUAAAUGUUACUCCGAUCCACCAGGCGGCGUCGCCGGCGGCGUGCUCGGGGAAGGCGCUGAGGUCGCUGGACGCGAAGAAGGCGGUGGCGGCAGCGGACGGCAUGCUGACGCAGCGGAACGUGGAGGCGGAGCUGUUCCGGGGCCGUCGGCUGUCGGAGAAGUCGAACCGGGAGAAGCUGGACGCGUUCGCGGCGGAGCUGGUGAAGGAGCAGGAGCGGCGGGCGCGCAGCCCCGGCCUGCUGCCCACCGUGGUGAUCAAGCAGGCGCCCACGGCCACGCCGCGGCCGUCGUCCGCCACCACCGCCUCCUCCGCCACCGCCACCGGCCGAACCGCCUCCACCAUGCCGUCCCCGGCGUCGCAGGACUCCUACCAGCACUAG